AAUCCACGAGUUAAUUCUAUUUUUUAAAACUACUGUCAUCCCCUCGAUGUUUCCUCAAGAAUUGACUGAUGUUGUCAUGUAGAUAAACGUAGUUUCACGUCUUAUCCGACAGAAACAACAGAUCAGUAGAUCUCCGUGAGCUGAACAGUGUUCGUGGAGUGGUAGACUUGUUUGAGGUAGGCUCAUUUAGGGUAGGCUACGUUGCAAACAAUAACAGUGGUCGAAUUGUGAAGUUAUAGCUACUUUAAUAUGCGGAAGUGAUCGAUGGAAAUAAGUCAUGGCUAAUUAUUGAAAUAACAGCUUUGUUGUUUUCGAGUGUUCAUUUAUAACGAGAGAAAAAGCAACCUUUUGUUUUGGCUGUAGAAAGCUUUGGAUGGGAUCAUCUUUGCGUUGGGAACAUGGAUCUCGGACAUCCGGUUAGUUCUGGCUGUAACGUUACCGAAACACAGCAGGUUGACCAAACGAGAGUAAUUAUUAAAGAAGAAGACAUACAAGAGGAGGAAUAUGAUCAAGAAGAUGAAGAACAGCCCUUUGCAGAGCUUCACUGUAGAACUGAAACAGAUGUCACAGAGUCCAACGCUAGUGACAAUGAAGCACAACAGACAACAGCGGAGAUUGAGGUGAAGAUUGAAGAAGACGAUGAGCCUGAUAACUCUAAUUUGGUGGAAAAUAUGGCCGAGUCCACCAUUCGACCAAAGAGAAGACGUUCGGAUGAACACAUGGCCAAGAAGAGGGUGCAGGAGAAGGAACGGGGCAAGUCCCGAGUUUACAUCGGUGAAGCCAUGCAAAGGUGGCGCGAACUCCGACAGCAGAAGGGCUUCCAAUCUGACGCACAGCUGGCUCUGUUUCUACUGGAUAGCUACGAGGAGUACCUCCACGCCAUUCGUGGCUGGGACCAGGGGACCUUCCCCACCACAACCAUUGGCCUGGACGGAAGGCCAAUGGAAGGGGUGCUCCAUUCCUCUGCAAUGAUGUAGAGACAUCUGCGACCCAUUUCUGGCACCGUUGCAAGACCACGGAGAACUACAAUAAACAAUUCUUUGUAUUUAUUUGUGACAAUUUGGCAUGUAGCUUUUACAGUACCGUAUCCAAAAACUACGGGGGGGAUUGUGCGACAGGGUUCCGAUCGCCCUGUCGGAAAUUAUUUUCCGAUAAUGACCAGAGGAGGACAACACAUCAUCCCUUAAGAACGGCGUCCAACGGACACGUACGCGGUGCGACGUGACAAGAAAAAAAAAAAAACAGAACUCCAUUGUUUUUAACGGAGCAAAGCCCACUAGAAAAGUCUGCCGUUUUCAGAGUUAGAAAACUGUUCUAAAAUCCUGCGUGUCCAGCCCACACUGCUGAACACUGGGUCCAGUGGGCGAUGGCCUUUACAUACCAGCUCAUCAGUAAAAAGGCAGUCCUGGGUUUGAAUUGACCACAACCACUAAGGAUGUGGUUAUUGCUUUCACGUUGAUGUUAUAACAAUCCUGAGUCGUGGAAUUGUAGGGCCUACAAUCCCAUUUUUUUCCAAACCUGGAGAAAUCAGGGAAUUCAAUAAAUUCAUUGAAAAGUUGAAAAGUCAUGUUAUUUUAUUUUCAUAUCUCGGGCGUAGCCUGAUUCCUCUUGUCUUAAUUUGAUAACAUUGAUAAGACCUCUUAAAAGAAGUCAAACUCUAAUUAGAAAGGACUAGGUGUUUCUUUCUAUACUAAAAACAAUAGGGGGAUUAGACUUGAUGUAGUCAUCUUAAGAUGAGUGCAAAGGUGAUUAUUUCAAUAUGUUUUCAAUGCAACAAUUUGUGACAUUUCGGAAUCUAUCAAAGCAACAUGUGUGUUUGUCAAAUGCACAUAUCUGACACAUAUCUAUUUGCUUUUGCAUGUUUUCAACAUUGGAAACACACUCAACCUCUUGUUGCAUGUGAUGUUUUUCCAUUGAUGGUAUUCACCAGGUGGCAUUACACCACAGACAUGUAGGAUACAAUGAUACGCUUCCAAGUUACUCGUUUAUGACAUACAUUUUGUGAUAUGCAUUAUGCAGUGCAAUGCAGAUAACAGUUGGUAGUCAUUCUACAGAUUCGGUGCCAUAUGUUAUUGAGUAAGAUGAUGAACAUUAAAAUGUUUUCAGAGCUUUUUUUUUAUUGAUAUGACAAAGUGUCAUCAAAUGUAUGCAGGCUACUUGAUAGAAAACACAUUUACCCAUCUUAACGUAGAGUAUUACGUUUUUGUUCUGCAUUAUUUUCUCAAACAAGUCCCAAUUUAAUUCAACCCCAUCACAGUCAUUUUGUUAUUUUUUCCAAUAAGUUUGAGAUCAGCUUCUUGAGAUAUGCGUCUUCCUGUAAUAAUCGAAGU